CAUUCGGUGAGAUAAUUUUAGGAUUAAUAAUUUAAGUAAUGUAAUUAUAACAGUCAUUAGCUCGGACAGGAUGAUGAAGGGUGUAUAUUUUGUUGGGGUACUUUUUGCUAUUGGGGUUGCCCAGGUUCAGUCCAUCCCUAGUGGACUGGAACCAGCCCAACCAGCGAUCAUCGAAGAUGUUAGACAAGGCAGGAUCGUAGCCGGCUGGGAGGCGGCUGACGGGCAGAUUCCUCAUCAGAUCAGUCUGCGCAUGAUCAGCAACGCCGGCGCUGUGUCCUCCUGCGGCGGCUCCAUCAUCCACAACAACUGGGUGAUCACUGCCGCCCACUGCCUCGCCAACCGCAACUCAUUCGUUGUCCGCUUCGGCCUGACCAACCUGACACGGCCGGAGUUCAUCGUGGAGGCCACCAGGAAGCACAUCCAUCCGCGCUACAACGAGUUCCAGGCUCAGGUGCAGACUGACGACAUUGCCCUCCUCGGCAUUGACCAGGACAUACCUUAUGGACCAUAUAUCCAGCCUUGCCGCCUACAAAACAGCGCGCAACGUAACAUCGACUAUACAGGCGUUGUGCUCACAGUGAGCGGUUACGGAAUGACAGACGACUCGUGGAACGGUGGCACCACUUCGGAAGUUCUUCGCUGGGUGCACCUGCGGGGUAUCUCCAAUGCCGAAUGCCGACAGUGGUACGGUGGUAGUACUGUGAUACAGAACCAGACUAUAUGCGCCGAAUACUAUAACAACACCGCCCAGUCCUCUUGCCAGGGUGACAGUGGUGGUCCACUGACCAAGAUAGACGAGGACGGGCAGGUCACCAUGAUCGGAGUGGUCAGCUUCGGCUCCAGCGCCGGCUGCAACAGCGUCUUCCCUUCAGCCUACGUCCGCCCCGGUCAUUACCACGAGUGGUACUUGGAAGUGACUGGAGUCAACUUCGACUGGGGUAAUGACACGGGAGCAGUCGCGGACAUCGACCCGCCGAUUUUCGUGGACACACCUGUCAAAUUUGACGCGCCAAUAAUCGUUGACGCUUGAGUUUUUUAAUAAAUUUUUAGUGUGGUCAUUAUUUCACUUACUAAAUCGAAA